UUUGACAGAAGUUUCUUCUGUAAAUUCUUGCAUUUUUCUCCAUUGAUUUCCAUUAAUACAAUUGUGCCAGAGACGAUGGAAAAGGUUGAACAAAAAAUCCCAGAAAUAGUGUUAAACUCAGGCCACAAAAUGCCAGUGGUGGGCUUAGGAUGUGCCGCGCAUCCUUUGCCACCAUCAGAGCAAUUAGUAACAGCUUUUAUUGAUGCAAUGGAGAUUGGAUACAGGCAUUUUGAUACAGCAGCAUGUUAUGGCACUGAGGAAGCUCUUGGCAUAGCUGUGGCUAAAGCAUUGGAGAUUGGAUUAAUUAAGAGCAGGGAUGAAUUGUUUAUCGCUUCUAAGCUUUGGUGUACCGAUGCUGAUCAUGACCUUGUUCUGCCUGCCCUCAGACAAACUCUUGGGAAGUUGGGGCUAGAGUAUUUAGAUCUUUAUCUGAUUCACUGGCCGGUGAGGCUAAAACACGGUGCUCAGAUGUUCAGUCUCGCCGAAGAUGAAAUUCUCCCUUUUGAUAUGCAUGGAACGUGGAAGGCCAUGGAAGAAUGCAGCCAAUUAGGCUUAACAAAGUCCAUAGGUUUGAGCAACUUCACCUGUGAAAAAAUCUCUAAACUCCUACAAAUUGCUACCAUCCCUCCAGCAAUUAAUCAGGUGGAGAUGAAUGUUGGUUGGCAGCAGCGAAAAUUAGUACCAUUUGCCAAAGAGAAAGGAAUUGCUGUAAGUGCUUGGUCUCCCCUUGGAUCUUAUGGUAACUUUUGGGGCACCAAUGCAAUCGUGGAGAACCCAAUUAUCAAAGAUAUUGCAGCUUCAAAGGGCAAAACCGUGCCACAGGUUGCAUUGAGAUGCAUAUAUCAGCAAGGAGCAAGCGUCAUAGUGAAGAGCUUCAACAAGGAAAGGAUGAAACAAAACCUCCAAAUAUUUGAUUGGGAACUCACCAAAGAAGAAAUGGAUCAAAUUCUGCAGAUUCCUCAGCGGAGAGGCUUUUCUGGGGAUGUGUUUGUUCAUCCAACCGGGCCAUACAAAUCGAUAGAGGAGCUUUGGGAUGGCGACAUCUGAAUUUAUCGUUCUUAUAUUUCUGGUGUUUAU